UUCUGCUGAGAAAUAUUAUUCAAGUUCUUGUACAUGUCUGUUUGUAGAACCAUGCUACUCAUGUAAAAUCAGCUAAAGAUUAUCAAUGGAGCACCAUGAUUUUUAUAAGGGCCACUCCUCCAAAUAAAAGACAAUAGCAGUUUCUGCAGUUGGUCUACAGGAUCGCAUAAUACACAGUCAUCAGCUCCAGGAUCUUUCAUUAGCAGAUCCUUUUCAGUCAAGGACAAGGAAUACCCAGAACAUUUACAAACCUAUGAACAAAGAAAUAAUCAGAGAAGUAGUAGAUGCUGGACUAAGAAAAAAGAGCACUCAUCACAAAACCAAAGAAGAUGCAGAUAACGAGUAUGUUCUUGAUCCCAGUCCUCCACAGUUAAUGUUAGCUCAGAAAUCAGGCCUAGUUGAGCCUCCUUCCUUGCCACUAGCUGCUGAAAAAUGGGUAAAAAUAAAGCAGUGAUCUGUACGGCGCAGAGAUUCCAUAUAGCCUUGUGCAAUAUCCAGAGAAGAAUUUGCACUUCAGCCGCAGGUGCUGCUUUCAUGUUCCCAUGUAUUCCGUAAAGCAUGCCUUGAAAAAUUUACAGGUAAAAAGUCUUGUCCUCUCUUGUGUAGGGAAGAGCAGUAUCAGACCAGAGUAGUACAUGACGGGGCACGCUUGUUCAAAAUCAAGUGCGCUGUUAGAUAAGCCAUACUUCUACAGGUAAUUCAAGCUUCCUGAAGGGGAUAUAUUGUCAGAAAAUGGGAUAAAAUGAGAGAAACAGUGCCUCCUAAAGAUAGAAAAUUAAGAAAGCAGUUCUUUGAGAAAAAGGUACGGCCAUCGCACCUCUUUUCUGAACAAUCAUUUUACAUGGAAAGAGAUGCCCAAACCACACAUGAAAUAGAAAAGGUACAGAAAACAUGUGAAGAGCAUCACGUCUUACCUCAGCACCAUGCAAAGUCUGACUUUGAUCAAAACAUGGAAGAGUUAUGUGCUGCUGACACACCCGAACAGUGUGUCUCCAUCUCCAGCCAAGUAAGGCAGCAAGGCACAUCAAGAGCUGUAGUCCUGCUCUAG